AUGUCGAAGUGUGGGUCUAACAAACAGAACGAAGGCGCGCCUGUGGCGUCUGUCACGGUUGCUGUUCGCGCUGGUCCUCGCUUUGAGUCUGAGGCUGGAGUGGCACAUGCAUUGAAGAACUUUGCAUUCAGGUCAACAAAAGACCGUUCGGCACUCCGUAUUGUGCGUGAGACGGAGCUGAAUGGUGGUGUCCUGUCUGCAUCGCUUUCUCGUGAGCACCUACUUCUCACUGCUGAGUUCCUUAAGGGCGAUGAGGCUCAUUUUAUUGAGCUUCUUGCAAAUGUUGUCGGCAAUGGCAAGUACUGCCGCCACGAGUUCAACGAGGAUGUAAUUCCCUCUAUGGUCGCUGACAGCGAGCAAGCCUCCCAGGACCCUGUUGCUCUCGGUAUGGACGCACUUUUCUCGUAUGCAUACCGCAGUCGUGGUGUCGGCAGCUCGCUCUUUGCAAGUCCAUCGUCGCCUGUCACUGUCGAGGCCGUCCGCGCUUACGCAGCGCAGGCUAUGAACAAGUCGAACUUGGCGAUUGUGAGCUCGGGUCUGUCGGAUGCCACACUACGCUCGCUUGUAUCCAAGCACUUUGAGAAUGUGCCGGCCGGCUCCGCUCUUAAAGCUGCUCCUUCGAAGUACUAUGGCGGUGACUGCCGUGCAGCUAUGACUGAUGCUCACGGUCAUGGUCUUCCCGUUGACCACUUCUUCCUGGCUUUCGAGGGUGCCUCGCGUGUCAAUGCAGCUCCUUUGUUUGUGCUCGAGUCUCUGCUGGGUGGUAACUCGUCGGUCAAGUGGUCCGCUGGUCUAAGCCCUCUUUCUCAAAUCACUGGCGCAAAAGCACACGCCUUCAACAUCUCGUUGCAGGACACGGGUCUGUUUGGUAUUCAUGUCAUUGCUCCUUCGGCCAAGGUGUCCGAAGCUGCGAAGGCUGCCUCUCAGACCCUGAAGGCCGCCGCUGAUAGCGUGUCGUCUGAGGAUGUUGCUCGUGCUGUGGCCAAGGCCAAGUUCCUUGCUGCGCAGGACUUCGAAGGCACUCGUGCAUUGAGCCACGAGACAAUUGCUACUGGCUUGCUUGAUGACUCAUCAGCCAGCCUUGAUAGCGUACUGGACAAGUUUGAGUCUAUCAAGGCCGCUGACGUGUCUUCUGCUGCACAGACUCUUCUGAAGAGCAAGCCAUCGUCGGUGGCACUUGGUGAUGUGAAGCAGCUCCCAUACGCAGACGAGCUCUUUUAA